AAGCGGGAGCGCGCACCAGCGUGGACGCCAGAGAUCCCGCAGGCGGGUACCGGAAGAGGCCGCGCGCUUGGCGCCCGGGCCUCAGCCAUGGCUCACAGGCCGAAGAGGACUUUCCGGCAGCGCCGAGCCCACUCCAGUGAUAGCGAUGACGCCGAGGAGCGGUCUGCUGAACCCGAGGCUCCGGGGCAGCAGGCGGCCCCGGGCCCUCCAGAGGAAGGGCCGCCCAGUGGCGGGGGCCGCGCGGAGGUGACGGACUGGCGUGCUCGGGCCCGGGGCCCUCGCGGUCGUGGCCGAGUGUGGGCAAGUUCCCGGCGCGCCGCGGGGGCGGCUCCGCGCGCUGAAGGCUCCGCGGUCCCAGAAUCCAGAGUGGUUGAUCUUUCAACGGAUGAAGAGAGUGAAACACAUCAUUCCCCAGAAAGUAAAGAUGAUCACAGUUCAUCAUCCAACAGCUCCAGCUCUCUGGAAGAAGAAUUUUCGUCAGUAGUAAAUAUCCCUGAUGCAGCUUUUAUUCAGGCAGCCCGCAGGAAACGUGAAUUGGCCAGGACCCAAGAUGACUAUAUUUCUUUGGAUAUAAAACAUACCUCUGUCAUCACUGGGAUGAAGAAAAACAGUGAUGAAGAUCCUGAGAGUGAGCCUGAUGACCAUGAAAAGAGAAUACUGUUUACCCCAAAGCCUCAAACACUUAGACAAAGGAUGGCUGAUGAAACAACACCUAGAAAUGAAGAAACAAGUGAAGAGAGUCAGGAAGAUGAAACUCAAGAUAUUUGGGAAUGGCAGCAGAUGAGGAAAGCAGUUAAAAUCACAGAGGGACGAGAUCUAGAUCUUUCCUACAACAGUGAAUCUCAGACAGUGAAGAAGUUUGAUACUUCCACUUCAUUUCCACCAGUAAAUUUAGAAAUUAUAAAGAAGCAAUUAAAUACUAGAAAACUGAAGAAGAGAGAACACUUCCAAACCCAUUUUAUGAGAUUAACACUGCUACAGGAUACUCACCGCUCACACCUGAGGGAAUAUGAAAAAUACAUACAAGAUGUCAAGAGUUCGAAGAGUACCAUCCAGAAACUAGAGAAUUCAUCAAAUCAAGCUCUAAAUUUUAAAUUCUAUAAAAGCAUGAAAAUUUAUGUGGAAAAUUUAAUUGACUGUCUUAAUGAAAAGAUUAUCAGCAUCCAAGAAAUAGAGUCAUCCAUGCAUGCACUCCUUUUAAAACAAGCCAUGACCUUUAUGAAACGCAGGCAAGAUGAAUUAAAACAUGAAUCAACGUAUUUACAACAAUUAUCACGCAAAGCUGAGACAUCAACAAAUGGAAGUUUGGCUGUAGGUGAAAAAACUCCAUGGAUUUUGGAAGAGAUUGAAUCUCGAAGGUCACAAAGAAGACAAGCAAGGGCACUUUCUGGGAAUUGUGAUCAUCAGGAAGGGACAUCUAGUGAUGAUGAACUGUCUUCAGCAGACAUGAUUGACUUCCAAAAAACCCAAGGUGAAAUUUUACGGGAUCACAAGCAGAUUUUUGAAGAUGUACAUGAUGAUUUUUGUAAUAUCCAAAAUAUUUUGUUGAAAUUUCAACAAUGGCGAGAAAAGUUUCCUGAUUCUUAUUAUGAAGCUUUCAUUAGUUUAUGCAUACCGAAGCUUUUAAAUCCCCUAAUCCGACUUCAGUUGAUUGAUUGGAAUCCUCUUAAGUUUGAUGCUGCAGGCUUAAAACAGAUGCCAUGGUUCACAUCUAUAGAAGAAUAUAUGGCUAGCAGUAUGGAAGAUUCAAAGAAGGAAGAUGGUUCUGAUAAGAAAAUCUUGUCUGCUAUCAUCAAUAAAACAGUUAUUCCUCGACUUACAGACUUUGUAGAAUUCAUUUGGGAUCCCUUGUCGACCUCACAGACAACAAGUUUAAUAACACACUGCACAGUGAUUCUUGAAGAACUUUCCACUUGUGGAAAUGAAGUUAGUAAAGGCAAACAGGACUUACUUAAAUCCAUUGUUUUGAGAGUGAAGAAAGCAAUAGAAGAUGAUGUUUUUAUUCCUCUGUAUCCAAAGAGCACUAUAGAAAACAAAACAUCACCACAUUCAAAGUUCCAAGAAAGACAGUUCUGGUCGAGUGUAAAGCUUUUCCGCAAUAUCCUUCUUUGGAAUGGACUCCUCCCAGAUGACACGUUGCAAGAACUAGGACUCGGGAAGCUGCUGAAUCGCUACCUUAUGACAGCUCUUCUUACUGCCAGUCCUGGGCCAGAUGUUGUUAAAAAGUGCAGCCAGAUAGCAGCAUAUUUACCAGCAAAAUGGUUCCAAAGCUCUGCCAUGAGAACGUCUAUUCCCCAGCUAGAAAACUUCAUUCAGUUCUUGUUGCAGUCUGCACAGAAAUUAUCCAGAAGUGAAUUCAGGGAUGAAGUCAAAGAAAUAGUUCUUAUUCUGGUGAAAAUAAAAGCUUUGAAUCAAGCAGAAUCCUUCAUAGAAGAAUGUCACCUAGACCAUCUUAAAUCAGUAACUAAAGAAGUUUGAGCAAACUGGGGGAAGUACUAACGUGAGAUUUUAAUAUAAUCACUCAUGGCUCAUUUGCUCUGGGCGGCGGUGCCCGCAGGACUCCCUCCAUUCCUUCGCCUUAUUUUACCUUCUGGUAUCGCGAAAGGCUGCCCCUCUGUGGUGUUUGCAGGAAGUAAGCCCACAGGAGCAGUAAGAGUUAACAUAUUUCCCUUUGAUUCUUUGGACUUCUUUUCCACUGUAAGAGAGGAGUUGGGGAAACCUUGCUGCUUUGGCAUUGGUGAGUCUUCUGAACUGAUCGUAGCAACAUCUGUUACUUCUCUUCAUCCCGUCUCUAUUCACAAAAAAUUAAAAUGGAAAUCUUAAUUGGAAUGAAUCAUUUGCUAAGGGUUAACUGAUUAAGGUAUUUUAAGGCUUUUGCUAACUAUUGAUUGUCAAAUUGACCUUCAGAAAUCUGUACCAAUGUAUUGGGCCAAAACAAGUGUAAUAAGCCAGCAAACCCCCCCCCCCCCC